AAAAUAUGUGCCACUUUCGUUUCCCUCAGUUCUGACGGAUGUGGCGAGGCGCAGCUGCCGUCUCCCUCCUCAUAGCUGCUUGUGCUUAUUUCACCACCUUUUUCUACGAGCCGAGAGAAGCAGAAAGCAGGUCUGUUGCAGCACAGCCUCCUGAGGUACUUUAUGCUGUUUACACGGUUCAUUAUUAGGAGAAUGUCCUCCACUCUUCACCGUCAUGUCAUCUGGGAGUCAGAGGGGCUUGUGGCCUACCUCCACCCCCGUCCCUGGACCCCGGGCUCUGUUAUCCUGGAGCGCAGCAGCCCUGGCAGCCUGGGAGGCAGCAUCUUCCACCUGGAGAAGCAGGAGUACUUAUCCUGGCUGCUGGGGGCGAGAGCCGUCUCAGAGCUGCUGUGUGACAGGUUGGGGGUUCGAAGGUGUGCGCUGGUCAGCAGACCCCACAGAGACAGACCUGCACAGAUCCGUGUUCUCCCUCUGCAUGGUCUGGAUGCAGAGUGGCGCCCUCACCUGGCAGGAGAGGAGGAGCACAACGCCCACGACCCGGGCUACUGCACCUCCAAGACCGCUCCGAAGUGGAGUGACUCCAGCCUGACUGAAACCCAAACCAAGAUUCGUGCCAAGCUCCCCCUCCCUGACGCCGCGCCCAAUCUGACUUUCCUCGGGGACGAUCCGGCUCACCCCGGCCUGUUUUCACGCAUCGUUCGCGGGGAGGCGCAGCAGUGGCGGGUGUGGGAAGACGAGGGUCACGUGGCCUUUCUCACUCCUUUCCCCAACUCACCUGGCUUUACUGUGCUGGUCCCACGCCGACCUUUGACCUCUGACAUAUUCAGACUAGAGGAAGAGGACUACAAAGAACUGGUGCUGGCGACCCACACUGCAUCACGGCUGCUUGAGGAGGGCUUGGGUGCCUGGGGAAUCGGGCUUAUCUUUGAGGGGUUUGAGAUAGACUACGCUCACGCCAAGUUGAUACCGCUGUUUUUACCUUCAUCAUCGGGGCCCGGAGAGGACGCCAUGAAACCACCUCCCCCUCAGUUUUACCCAACUUAUCCUGGAUACGUGACCUCAGAGGAUGGACCUGAAGCCAGCCUGGAAAGUCUGAAGGAACUUCACCUUAAACUUACUCAGAUUUAAAGCUGUUGCUUAAAGUUAACCUGUGUGACUUUGUCAUUAAUAUGAUUUUUACUAUCAGAUUUAGUAAUGUAUCCAGCCUCGUCUUUGACUCAUCAUGACUGGACAGGGAUGCUGCAACAGCCACUAUGUAAGCUUUUUCACAAAGUAAGCCCAAGGUAUCUAUUGGUGUUAGAUUUGAAAACAUAAUAUGAAACAUUUGAUUUAGAACAUUUUAAAUCAUGGUGAGGAUGCAUCACAAAUUAAAACAGCUCUGAAGUUUGUAGCAAAAAUGUCAAUUACAAAAGAUUCAGUAACAUGCAAAAAAGAAGUUUGCAAGUAUAAAAAAAAAUCAUUAAAAAAUGUAUUCCCAUUUUCAUCAAAUGGAACAAUAGUUUUUGCAUUUUAAAUAUUUUUAUUAAUUACGGUAUAUUUGUGAAGUUUUUACAAUCAAAAUAAGAACAAAGACAAAUCAUUUUGCCCUUCAAGUUCUUUCACAUACAGUCAAAAAUUGUUAUACUUAAAUUUCCUGUUCAUUUUAAUACCUGGUACAACUAAAGGAACAUUUGUUUGGUCAGAUAUAAUGAUAAUAACAACUAGCUCAUAAGAGUUAAAAUUAAGAGCUGAUAUGUUAAUGAUUUUGGUUAUUAUCAAGAAAACCAUGGAAAAUGCAACACAUCGUUUUGAAGAAAGAAAAUGUAAACCACAGCUGUAAGUUACAUAAUAUUUUUCGACAACUGGUUUAAGAAAAAAAAAAUUGACAUGAUAUAUACAGUACUGUGCAAAAAUUUUAGGCAGGUUUAAAAAAAUUUUGUAAAAUAAGAAUGGUAUCAAAAUUAGAAAUGUUAAUAGUAUUUUUUUCAAUCAAAUAACAAUGCAAAGUGAGUGGACAGAAGAAAAAUCUAAAUCAAAUCAAUAUUUAGUAUGACUACCCUUCGCCUUCAAGCCAGUAUCAAUUCUUCUAGGCAUUUUUUCACACCUGCCUAAGACUUUUGCACUGUACUGUAUAUGUGUACAUAGUUAUAUCAUUUGCAAUUUAACUUGUUAAGUACACUCAUCACACUGUAGAAAUAUUUGUGUUGCUUUAUUAACAGUGUUACGUCAUCAUUUUGUUAACCACUAGCAAAAUGUGUGUCCCCACUCAUUACACUGUUUCUAAUUGGUCCCACAGUGCAUUUCUAAUUAUGAGGCUUAAUUAAUGACCAGCUAAGUGCUUCAUCAGUGCUCUGUGAACCAGUGCUGCCCCAGGCUGAUGUUGAAACGGACAAAAUGAGGUGCAUGUGUUUAACGAGACGGGUUUAUAAUACCAGUUGCCAUAGGAGAUGAAGAGAGCAAACAAUUGUGUUGUAUUUAAUGAUUUCUUCUGUGCUUUGACUGUUGACUACAGUGCAAGGGAAGAUAGCAAUCAUUAAAUUACAAGACAAGGACAAUAAAGGUAUUUUUGCCUACAUAUCAUCUAUUAGAGCUAUAUUUGUUUGAUUUUUAUGAAAUAUAUAGUCACCAAGUACAUUUUAAAAAAUAAAUAUUUUGUUCAAUUACAAAUAACAGCAGGGAAAAAUUAGUAAUUACAUUUAGUUUCUGCUUUGCUUUUAGCGAUCUCUUGCUUGCUGUAUAAUUCUCAGACUGCAGUUGAGCACUUUUUAAAGUUUUUUUUUU